CUUUGAUUGAUGAGCGUGGGAUGAUGAAUGGCACGACCGAGGACGCCUGCAACGGAGCUUCGGUGCCAGUGAAGAAGGAGAAGCAGCCGCAAGCCGCCCAGUCGCCGUCCCAGCGUCCAGCAGCCACAGGAGAGCAGUCCAAGGACACACAGCAAGGCGUGGACACGUCUUCCAACCAGAAGAACGGCGCCGGUCCCUCGGCAGCGGUGAGUAAUGGCGCCUCGCAGCCCGGGGCGUCGUUCAUGUCAGGUCUGGCGCAGCCGACCACCCACCAGUACCUCAGCAUGAUGCCCCCGCCGCCGCUCGCACCCCCCCUCCCAUCCAACCUCUUCCCAUCGGCCUAUCUGGCAGCGAAUGCGGCUGCUGCCGCGGCCGCUGCCGCUGCGGGUGGUGCUGGUGGGGGUGGGGAGGCGUCUCAGCGCAACUCGGUUGGGGAGGAGGCGAUGAACGGCGGCGGGGGGGGCGAGGUGGCGCUGCCGGCGGUGUUCCGACCUAGGCUGUACAUUCGCGAUGCUGAUAGCGGGGUGGAGGGGAUUCAGUUUGACGAGAAGGAGCAGGCCUGGGUGAGUGAGCUUGUGCACAGUGCACAACACGACACAGCACAUCACAACACGACACGAGCAAAGUCAUCGUGUUUGUAUGCAUCUGUCUGUCAUUCUCCCAUCCGCCCACCCAUCGCUCAGCGUGUGACGGUGCUGUUGGAGAACGGCGUGACUCAGUGCCACUACUUCCAGUGCAAGAUGAACGGCGGCAUCGAGGCGGCGCUCGAGCACGCCGCCUUCUGGAAGUACCAGCAGGAGAUGGAGCGCAAGUACCAAUUCCAGCAGCGGGGGGCCACCGGUGCUGGUGGUGGUGCGGGUGGUGGCGGUGGCGGCAGCAAGGCGCAGGAGAACGGAGAUAGCGCCGCGGCUGCACCUGACAGUACUUGCAAGUAGGCUGACAUCAUGACGGCAACGAGUGGAGGAGGGAAAUGUGCUCACUUUCUCUCUCUCUCUCUCUCUCUCUCUGUGCGUGUGUGUGUGGUUUCUUGGUUCAGGGAUGUCUACUGGGGCGACGCGAACCAAGGUGGUUCACUCACACAGAGCCAGCCAGAAGGACACACCUCGGCCCACACAGCACAGCACACACAGUGUCGCCCGCCCCCUCCUUUCUAUCUCCUCUCCUCGUGUGUUGUGUCUUGUGUGCUGUGUUGACUGAUCAGCUGGCUGGCUGUUGGCCCAUCCUGGUGCGGGCGGGCAACAGGCGGCAGUGACCACGGGCAGUUCGGCAAACAAGCAGACGGCCCACCUGGCGUUCCCCUUCCCCGAGCAGGAUCCGGCCUACCCCUUCCUGCCGUCCAUACCCAUCCCACCACCACUCCUCGGCGGUGGCCCCGGUGGUGCUGCUGCUGGUGGUGACCGGGGCCGCCGCAAGCGCACCAAGCACCAGCGUGGCGACGGGCUGGACAGCGAUGGGGGCGGGGGCGGGGAGUCGGGCCAGAAGAAGACCAGCAGUAGCGGUGGGAGGAAGAAGGUGUAUAGCGAUCAGUACCCUGACGGGCCGCCUGCUAAUUGCGAGCCAAACAAGUGAGGGAGAUGCAGGGAGGGAGGGAGGGAGGGAGGGAGGUCGCUGAGGCGUGUGUGUGCAUGGCUUGGUGUCUUGUGUGUGCACUGCUGCAGGGGCAUCCACUGGCGUCCUGACCGUUGCGGUGAGACAGACAGACAGACCACUGCCAACCAACCAGCAAGGACGCACACCGAUGGCUGGAUGCGCUAAGUCACUCCCCAACAUGUGUUUCCUCUCCUCUCCUCUCUCAGCGUGGGUAGUGUCGUUCUACGAGCCGCUGUCUGCGUCGGCCCCUGAGGGCACCAAGCCGGCCCGUCGCAAGCGUCUGUUCCCGGCUCGCUUCCCCACGACGGCCGAGCAGGCCCUCGCGGAGGCCAAGGCGUUCCAGCGGCAGCUCAAUUCCGGCGCGUCCAUGCCGCCCCCCCGCCGCAAGAGGGGCCGCACCAAGUCAAACAAGACGGGCAACAACACCCAGCACCAGGUCGAGAUGGGCGAGGAGGACAUGUCGAGCGAGAAUCUGGCCCACCACAUGCUCAUGAGCAUGGCGGCCGUCAAGGAGGAGCAGGAGGUCGAUCACCCGCUGCCGCACGUGCACGUCCAGAUACUGCAGCCCCAGCCCGCUGCACCACAGCCAGGUUCUGAGAAGAUGCACGACUGACUGACCGACCGAGUGACUUACCUUACUGACGGCCGGACGGCCAUGGGUGUACCGAUAAGUGAGCUGAGUGAGCGGGU